GAUUCCGGAAGAGGACUUCACGACGGGAAGCAGCCGCAGCUAGCUAGUAAAGACUUCGGACCAUUCCCUUUUGACCACGUUGUACAACAUACUUCUGAAUUUUUGUCCAACAUUAUGUCUGUACUGUGUUAUAAUAAAGGAUGUGGACAACGUUUUGACCCCGACAAGAAUUCGGAUGAUUCAUGCACAUACCACCCUGGAGUGCCAGUGUUUCAUGAUGCAUUAAAGGGUUGGUCUUGCUGCAAGAGACGAACAACUGAUUUUUCAGACUUCCUCAGUAUUGCUGGUUGCACGAAAGGCCCUCACAAUCAGGAGAAGCCCUCUGAGCCUGUUAAACCAGAGGUAAAGUCCUCUGCGGACAAGAACGUCAAUGACGUGAAGCCAAAAUGUGAUGAAUGCAUCACUCAAGCACCAAAACCACUGGAGUCUAUUCAGCGACCAAGUCCAGAUGAGCCUUUCUCUAUCCUACAACAGAAGAUCUCUCCUUCGCUCAAACAAGCUUUAGAAAAGCUCAAAAUAUCUGAAGAAAAUGCACAGGAGAUAAAAGAGGAGGAUAGUGAUGAAAUUAAGAUAGGGACGUCCUGUAAGAAUGGAGGCUGCAAUAAGACAUUCAGCGGACAAGCCAGUGAUGACGAGACGUGUUUGUAUCAUGCUGGUGUACCUAUCUUCCAUGAAGGGAUGAAAUAUUGGACCUGCUGUAAAAGGAAAACCUCAGACUUCAACACGUUUCUGUCCCUGGAGGGAUGUACCCGAGGAAAGCAUCAGUGGAAUAUGAAAGAUACAGGAAAAAAGGUUGUACCAUGCAAGUUUGAUUGGCACCAAACAGGAAGUCAGGUCAUCAUUUCCAUUUAUGCCAAAAAUUCAAUACCUGAGCUGAGCUCGGUGGAGGGGAACAGUACUGUUCUCAAAAUCCACAUUAUAUUUGAAGGAGAGAAAGAAUUUGAACAGCAGAUCAAUUUGUGGGGGGUGAUCAAUGCAAGUAAAAGUUUGGUGAACAUGAUGGCUACCAAAAUUGAGGUUUUGUUGAAGAAGGCAGAGCCAAUGUCAUGGGCCCGGCUGGAUCUUCCACCUCCUCCAAAGGAUAAAGAGAAAGAAAAAGAUGUUGAUAGUGAGGAUGAGUGUGAUGAUUAAAUGAAGAGACUGUAAGAAGACCAAUAUUCUUAGCUCUGAGUGGGAAUCAUUUUUAUCUGAUUCCAUGGUUUGAUGUAUAAUGAAGCAUGAAUGUUAUGUCAAUUCUCAAAUCUUUGUCCAAGGUCACAUUAUAAAUUUAUUGUACAAAGC